GGCAUCAAGACAGAGAGAGUUGCACACCGAGGAACACACACACACCUGAAACACAUAUACAACGGCAGAAGAUGGAGGCAGUGAAGAGGUGGCGGUCGGACUGGAGAUAUCCCACCACUCUGCUGUGCAUCUACGGAUUCUUCAGCACAGUUAAACCCCUGGAGCCUUUCCUUAUCCCAUACAUGACAGGGCCGGACAAGAAUCUGACAACAGAGCAGGUUAAUAGUCAAAUAUUCCCAGUGUGGACGUACUCCUACCUGUCUGUGUUGGUUCCAGUCUUCCUGCUGACUGACUGGUUGCGUUACAAGCCUGUGGUGGUGUUCCAGUGUGUUAUGCUCUUCAUCACCACAGCAUUGCUGCUGUGGACAGAAAGUGUACCAGCCAUGCAGGCCAUGCAGUUCUUCUAUGGGGUGGUGACAGCCAGCGAGGUGGCCUAUUUCUCCUACAUCUACAGUGUGGUAGAUCUGAAGAGAUACCUGAAGGCCACCUCCUACAGCCGCAGUGUCCAGCUCCUGGGGUACACAGUGGGCUCUGUUCUGGGUCAGCUGCUCAUCAGCUUCAGCCUCAUGUCCUACAACAAUAUCUUGGUGUUCACUCUGGUUCUCACUGCCAUUGCUCUCCUCACUUCCUGCUUCUUACCAAUGCCACAGCAGAGCAUGUUCUUUCAUCGCAGACACACUAGACAGACAACAGCAACAGAGGGAACAAAAAGCAAUGGAGAUGGGACAGCGGAUGCAACAGAUUACACAAGCGGAUCAAAGAUAUCCCUGGAAGAAGUCAGAGGUAAAAAGGUGGACAAAAGCAGAGAAAUAGAGGAAGACGCUGUCAAAGGACAGGAAGAAAAAGUGCCUGAGGACUUUAAGAAAUCAGCUGGUGCAGAGAGCUGUGGCCAAGUUCUCCUCCAUCUGUGGAGGGACUUCUGCCACUGCUACUCCUCCAGACAGCUGCUGUACUGGUCAGUGUGGUGGGCAAUGGCCACCUGUGGCUAUAACCAGACUGUCAACUAUGUGCAGGUGCUGUGGGAGCAUGUGCAGCCUUCUCAGAACUUCAGCAUCUACAAUGGAGGUGUGGAAGCAGUGUCCAACCUUUUGAGUGCAGCUACAGCCUAUGGUAUAGGCUUCACUGAGGUAAGAUGGGAACAGUGGGGAGAGCUGGCCCUGGGUGGUUUCUCUGGACUAGGGGCAGCUGCACUUUUCCUCAUGACCUUCAUCGGCAACAUCUGGGUCUGCUACACUGGUUACGUCAUUUUCAAGUGCCUGUACAUGCUGCUGAUAACAAUAGCCAUGUACCAGAUUGCAGCUGACCUGUCAAUGGAAAGAUAUGCACUUGUCUUUGGAGCAAACACCUUUGGAGCACUGGCUCUACAGACCAUAAUCACUUCAGUUGUGGUUGACAGUAGAGGACUGGGCCUGACCAUCAUUCCUCAGUUCACCAUAUAUGCCAGCUACUUCUCAGUCAUAGCGGUUGUUUUUUCACUGCGGGGACUGUUUACCAUUUGGAAAGCACAGAGAAACAAAAGGGAGAUAAUUCCUCCAGACAAAAACGAAUCUCAAGAUUUUGCCGAACACAGAUUCUGAAUGUGAGGAAUAUAUGCAAGGUAACUGCGAGCAAGAUAAUCACUCAUGCAGCAGAAAAAAAGGCUUCA